GAGUGCGGAACCCAGACUAUGCCUCGCACCCCCAGGCCCCGCCCCGUGACGCCGCGCACGCCCUGUCCCGGCCUCCUCAGCGCGCACCCCAGGCCCCGCCCCGUGGCGCCGUGCGCGCCCUGUCCCGGCCUUCCCCGCGCGCCGAGCUGAGGCGGGGCUGGCCGAGGCGGGGCUGGCAGACGCGGGCCCGGAAGCGUGGGCUGGGCACCUCGGGCUUUCCCGGCUUUGGGUCCCGGGAGAGCUAUGGAGCCGCGGGCGGUUGCGGACGCCUUGGAGAAGGGGGAGGAGGACGUGGUUAUGGAGGCUCUGCGCGCAUACAACAGGGAGAACUCCCAGAGCUUCACGUUUGAUGAUGCGCAACAGGAGGACAGGAAGAGACUGGCGGAGCUGCUGGUCUCGGUCCUCGAGCAGGGCCUGCCGCCCUCCCGCCGCGUCACCUGGCUGCAGAGCAUUCGCAUCCUGUCCAGGGACCGCAGCUGCCUGGACUCAUUCACCAGCCGCCAGAGCCUGCAGGCGCUUGCCUGCUGUGCUGGCAUCGCCGCCUCCCAGGGGUCGGUCCCCGAACCCCUGGACAUGGAUGUUGUGCUUGAGUCCCUUAAGUGCCUGUGCAACCUCGUGUUAAGCAGCCCCGCGGCACAGGUGCUGGCGGCAGAGGCCGGGCUAGUGGUGAGGCUCGCAGAGCGCGUAGGAUGGUACCGCCAGCGCAGCUUCCCGCACGACGUCCAGUUUUUUGACUUGCGCCUCCUGUUCUUGCUAACGGCACUUCGCACCGACGUGCGCCAGCAGCUGUUUCAGGAGCUGCAGGGAGUGCACCUGCUGACCGAAGCGCUGGAGCUGACGCUGGGAAUGAGUCCUGGAGAGAGGCCCCCUGAGCUCCUGCCUCCCCAGGAGACUGAGCGAGCCAUGGAGAUCCUCAAAGUGCUCUUUAACAUCACCUUCGACUCCAUCAAGAGGGAGGUGGAUGAGGAAGACACUGCCCUUUACCGACACCUGGGGACCCUUCUGCGGCAGUGUGUGAUGGUUGCUGCUGCUGGAGACCACACAGAGGAGUUCCACGGCCACACAGUGAAUCUCCUGGGGAACUUGCCCCUCAAGUGUUUGGACGUCCUUCUCACCCUGGAACCACACAAAGGCUCCUUGGAGUUCCUGGGAAUGAACAUGGAUGUGAUUCGUGUCCUCCUCAGCUUCCUGGAGAAGCGUCUGCACCAGGUGGGCAGGGGGACCUGCUGUGGCUCUGGCCCAGGCUUUCCUGAGCAGCUGCGGGUGCUGCUUUUCCCAGUCCUCACCGCUCACACAGACACCCACUGCCUGCUCUUGGCCCCUGAGCUGGGGUCCCUGUGGCAGGGCCUCUUGCCCAGCACCUCCUGCCAGGAUGAUCUGGUGCAUGUGCCUAGCCCCCCUGGCCUCAAGUCACAUGGGCACAGUCCAGUUACAGAGGCUCCUCUGCAGACGCACAGGCUGAAGGAGUGUGUGGCCCCCGUGCUGAGCGUACUGACGGAGUGUGCCCGCAUGCAUCGCCCUGCCAGGAAGUUCCUGAAGGCUCAGGUGCUGCCCCCGCUGCGGGAUGUGAGGACCCGGCCCGAGGUGGGGGAGCUGUUGCGGAACAAGCUGGUUCGCCUCAUGACACACCUGGAUACCGACGUGAAGAGAGUGGCAGCUGAGUUCCUGUUUGUUCUGUGCUCUGAGAGUGUGCCCCGAUUCAUCAAGUACACAGGCUACGGGAAUGCCGCUGGCCUCCUGGCUGCUAGGGGCCUCAUGGCAGGGGGCCGGCCUGAGGGCCAGUACUCGGAGGACGAGGACACGGACACAGACGAGUACAAGGAAGCCAAGGCCAGCAUUAACCCAGUGACUGGAAGGGUAGAGGAAAAGCCACCCAACCCCAUGGAGGGCAUGACAGAGGAGCAGAAGGAACAUGAGGCCAUGAAGCUGGUGAACAUGUUCGACAAGCUCUCCAGGCACAGAGUCAUCCAGCCCAUGGGGAUGAGUCCCCGGGGUCAUCUCACAUCCCUGCAGGAUGCCAUGUGCGAGACCAUGGAGAGGCAGCUCUCCUCGGACCCUGACUCAGACCCUGACUGAGGAUGGCUGCUCUUCUGCUCCCCUUCAGAACUGGUGCUGCUUCCAGAGAUGUCCUUGGGGCCAGGACCUAGGGAGGCCACAUCUGUCCCUCCAACUUGGGGAUCCCUUUCUCUUUACUCCCAAAGUUCUAUUCAUGAUUUGCCUUUGGUCCAUUUUCUCCUCUUUAGGACUGCAAGGGUCUUGUCCUGCUAAAACUCUGCAAACUCAGCCUUGGUUUCCACAGAUGAAGUGGUUUCUUUUAUGUGUGCCUGAGGGUAGGGCUUAACUGAAGGCAAAAAUGUACAUGGGUUUGGGAGGGCACGGGCUGAGCAUGGGCACAGGCAGACACAGCAUGUCUACAGCUGGCCCAGAGCUGGUGGGCAAGCACCACAUUUCACAGGGGAAAGAAGCCGCUGGGACUCUAUAUGCUAAUGCUAGAAACACGCUUCCAAGGUAUGAUCUGCUGGUUUUGUCCCCACCGAGUGCAGGGCUGGCAGCCUCUUGCAUUCUCAGUCCUGGCUCCAGGCACAAGUUCCUACUGGUGGUGACACUUGAAUCUCCAUCCUUUCCACUGGUUUCAGCCAUAAACAUGUGAAGGAA